AUGAGCAGCCUCGCGACCGGCCCGAGCGCCGCCGCGCGCCGCUUCUUGCUCGCGCGCCACGGCGAGACGAAUUUCAACGCCGAGGGCCGCAUCCAGGGCACGCUCGACAGCAGCCAGCUGACCCUGCGCGGCAUCGGGCAGGCCGCCGGGCUCGGCCACUACGUCGCGACGCACGAGGCCGCGCGCGUCGCCCGCGUGUGGGUGUCGCCGAUGACGCGCGCGCGGCAGACGCUCGCGGCCGUCGAGGGCGCGUGCGACGCCGCGGGCGCCGCGCUGCCGGCGCUCAACGUGCGCGACGACCUGCGCGAGAUCGAGCUCUACCACUGGGAGGGCCGCCUCAAGACGGAGAUCGCCUACGAGGAGGAGGAGGGCUGGAAGCAGUGGAAGAGCGACCCGACGAAGUACGUCACGCCGGCCGGCGAGACGCCGCUGCCCACGCUCUGGGGGCGGGCCGUGUCCAACUGGGACGCGCUGCGCGCGGACGCCACGGGCGACGGCGCCACGCUCAUCGUCGCGCACGGCGCCGUCGGCCGCUGCAUGGUCGCCGCGGCGCUCGGCUGCGGCAUGGAGUCGUUCAAGAACGAAAAGUUCCAGUUCGACAACUGCUGGUGCGCCGAGCUCGCCUGGGAGCCCGACGCGCCGACAGCGUCGCACUGGCGCUGGCUCUACAAGGCGAAGGGCCCCUGGGAAGGCUUCUGCGUACAACGUGCGCACGCCAUGCGCGCCCCCACGCGCCCCAUGGCCCGCGUCGCGCUCCUCGCGCUCCUCACGACACAACUCACGCUCGGCUAUGCGCCGCCCAAAGCGCCCGCCGCGUCCCGCGCGCCGACGACGACGAACGCGAUGCCGCGGGGCGGGCCGCCCCUCGACGCCGACCGCAAGAUGCGCUCGCCCGGGAUGCAGCACAACUUCUACGAGACGUCGACCUCCGACUUCAAGCGGCCGUACGGCGCGCCGCCCGGCGCCCCCGUCGGACCGGGCCCCGACGCCGGGCCGUACGUGGGCGGGUCGCCGCCGCCCUCCGCCGCCGAGCGGGCCAAGAAGGCGAGUGCCGCCGAAGCGCGCGUCGCCGCCGUCGCGACGGGCGCCGCCGCCGCCAAGGAAAAGGGGUUGCGGCGCGCCAACGCGCUGUACGAGGUGGGCGAGGAGACGCCGAUGCCGGGGCGCGAGAAGGAGUACGAGGCGUACAUGCAGUCGUACACGGGCAACUUGCCCAACGCGGGCGGGGAAGGGACGAGCUCGCCGCAGCCCGCGGUCGACGAGGAUCGCCGCAAUCGCUCGCCCGGCCUGCAGCAGAACUUCUACGAGACGUCGACCGCCGACUUCAAGCGGCCGUACGGCGCGCCGCGCGGCGCCGCGCCGCCGCCCCCCAACGGGGGCGGCUCCGGCCAGCAGCCAUCCUACAACCAGCAGCCGUCCUACGGCCAGCCGCCGCCCGUCGCCGCGCCGGCGCCGACGUACGCGCCGGCGCCCUCGCCGCAAGUCCUGCGCGCGCGCGCGCUCGGCGCGCGCCAGCCGCCGCCCAUUCCGGGCCGCGGGCCGUUCUCGCAGCAGGGCACCCCGUCGGUGAACAACCGGCGCUUCAACCAGCCCCCGAUCUACAACCAAAACACCUACGGCCAGCCGCCGACGUCGCCCCCCGGCGAGCCGUCGUACGGCCAGCGGGCGCCGUCCGGCCAGAACAACCUGGCGCGCCCGUCGCUCGGCCAGCUCAUCAAGGAGUACGGCCAGAAACUGGGGCGCGAGAUGUACAUGGGGGGUCCGGGCAACACCGCCGCCGCCGCCGCCGGCCGCGCUCCCGACGGCCAGUACGACCGCCCCUACGACCCGCGGGCGCCGCCGCCCUACGGCCGGCAGGGGCCGGGCUACCCGGAUCAGCGGGAACCCCUCUCGCUCGGCGAGCUCAUCAAGGAGCACGGCCCGAUCGCGGGGCGCGAGAUGUACAUGAUGGGCCAGGGGGCCGAGCCGGCGAUGGCGGGCGCCCGCGGAGCCGCGCCCCCCUGGAUGCAGGGGCCGAACGGGCCCGGCCGCGGCAGCGCGACCUACCGCCAGUCGCCCUACAUGCAGUCGCCCCCCUGGUUGCAGGCGCCGAAUACGCCCCUCUCGCAGACCUUCCGCCAGUCGUCGUACAUGCAAAACUCCGACAACCGGCGGCCGCAGCCGCGAGGCCGCCAGGAGUCCUACGGCCCGCCGCCGCCGCCGCCGCCGCCGCCCGGCGCGGGCGGCCCGUACCGCGAGGGCCCCGGCGGCGGCCGCGGCGGCCCGUACCGCGAGGGCCCGUACCGCGAGCCCUACGGCGCGGGCGGCCCGUACCGCGAGCCGCGGCCGCCGCCCAUGGGCGCGGGCGGCCCGUACCGCGAGCCGCGGCCGUCCUACGUCGGCCAGCCGCCCGUCCUGCGGCCCUCCUACGACCGCGGGGCGGCCUACGGCCAGCGCGGCGACUCGCGCGACAUGCGAAAGGUCGAGAUGGAGCUGGCGCGCCUCCAGAAGGACUUCCCGGGCACGUCCACGCGCGUCCAGUCCCUGCUCAGCCUCAUCGGCACCGGCGGCGGCGCGGGCCGGCCAGCGGCGUACCAGCAGCAGCCGCAGCCGCAGGGGAGCCGGCGCUGGUAGGCCGCCCGCUCGCCGCGCUCAUCAAGGAGCGCGGCCCGCGAGCGGGGCGCGCGCUGUAAGCGGUGGCGAGGAACGGCGUGGCUAAGAUUGGUGUGUG